ACUCACUUCACCUGGGGUGGGGGCGGCCCCUCAGCUCUGACCAUCGCUCAGCUUCUAGCACGGCCCCCGGCUCAGAGCGAGAGCUUUGCAAACGCUGCUUGCGAUGGAAGCAACAGCCUCUGCUAAAGGGAGGGAUGUCCCGGUCGACUCCAUUUCUUGGUCGGAGGACAGAUGGGGAAACCGAGUCAGAUAGUGCCGCAGCCAGAACGGGAACCGGGCUCCCGGGGCAUGCGUGGCCCUCUGAGUGAAUGCAACGGGGAAGGCGCUCCUGCCCCCACCUCCCCGCAGAGGUCCCCGUGGACCGAGUGCGUGUGACAUGGCAGCUGUGAGUGCAAAGUGACCCAGCCGUGUUUCUCUCCCGUGUCUAGCAACGCUCUGCCCAUGCAGUGUGGGAGGCUCAGGAGACCGGGAUUUUCAGCACGCUCCCGUUUUGGGUUCUGACGCCGGCACACUAUUUUGAGGCAGUGACAUCAUCUCUCUCCUCCUGAGCACCCUCCUUGCGGCUCCGUGACUCAGGCCCCGCGGUCUCCCACCUGGGCUGCGGUCACCUCUGCCCACUGGCAGGAGAAGUGCAGAAAUGGCUUCAGACAUACCUGGAUCGGUGGCAUUGCCCGUCGCCCCCAUGGCGGCCACAGGACAGGUGAGGAUGGCGGGGGCCGUGCCCGCCCGAGGAGGCAAGCGGCGUUCCGGGAUGGACUUCGAUGACGAGGACGGCGAGGGCCCCAGCAAAUUUUCAAGAGAGAACCACAGCGAGAUCGAGCGGCGCCGGCGGAACAAGAUGACGCAGUACAUCACGGAGCUGUCCGACAUGGUCCCCACCUGCAGCGCGCUGGCCCGGAAGCCCGACAAGCUCACCAUCCUGCGCAUGGCCGUGUCGCACAUGAAGUCCAUGCGCGGCACCGGGAACAAGUCCACGGACGGCGCGUACAAGCCGUCCUUCCUCACCGAGCAGGAACUGAAGCAUCUCAUCCUCGAAGCAGCUGAUGGGUUUCUGUUUGUCGUGGCCGCUGAGACGGGGCGAGUGAUUUACGUGUCCGACUCCGUCACCCCUGUUCUGAACCAGCCGCAGUCGGAGUGGUUUGGGAGCACGCUCUAUGAGCAGGUGCACCCUGAUGACGUGGAGAAGCUGAGAGAGCAGCUGUGCACCUCGGAAAACUCCAUGACAGGCCGCAUCUUGGACCUGAAGACGGGGACGGUGAAGAAGGAAGGGCAGCAGUCUUCCAUGAGGAUGUGCAUGGGCUCCCGGCGCUCCUUCAUCUGCAGGAUGAGGUGUGGAAAUGCUCCUUUGGACCACCUUCCUCUGAACAGGAUAACCACCAUGAGGAAGAGGUUCAGGAACGGUCUCGGCCCCGUGAAGGAGGGAGAAGCCCAGUAUGCUGUCGUCCACUGCACAGGCUACAUCAAGGCCUGGCCCCCUGCAGGAAUGACUAUCCCCGAGGAAGACGCAGACGUGGGACAGGGCAGUAAAUACUGCCUCGUGGCCAUCGGGAGGCUCCAGGUGACCAGCUCGCCGGUGUGCAUGGACAUGAAUGGCAUGUCGGUGCCCACAGAGUUCCUGUCCCGGCACAACUCUGACGGCAUCAUCACGUUUGUGGAUCCGCGCUGCAUCAGUGUGAUCGGCUACCAGCCCCAGGAUCUUCUGGGAAAGGACAUUUUGGAAUUCUGCCACCCUGAGGACCAGAGCCACCUGCGUGAGAGCUUCCAGCAGGUGGUGAAGCUGAAAGGCCAGGUGCUGUCGGUCAUGUAUCGGUUCCGCACCAAGAACCGGGAGUGGGUGCUGAUCCGCACCAGCAGCUUCACGUUCCAGAACCCCUACUCCGACGAGAUCGAGUACAUCAUCUGCACCAACACCAACGUCAAGCAACUUCAGCAGCAGCAGGCAGAGCUGGAAGUGCACCAGCGAGACGGACUGUCAUCCUACGACUUGUCCCAGGUCCCUGUCCCCAACCUACCAGCCGGCGUGCACGAGGCUGGGAAGUCCGUGGAAAAGGCAGAUGCGAUCUUCUCCCAGGAAAGAGACCCUCGGUUUGCAGAAAUGUUUGCAGGAAUUGGUGCAUCGGAGAAGAAGAUGAUGAGCUCAGCCUCUGCAGCAGGAAGCCAGCAGAUCUACUCCCAGGGGAGCCCGUUCCCCCCCGGACACUCGGGGAAGGCCUUCAGCUCCUCAGUGGUUCACGUGCCUGGAGUGAACGAUAUCCCGUCCUCCUCCUCGACAGGCCAGAACAUGUCCCAGAUCUCCAGGCAGCUAAACCAGAGCCAGGUGGCCUGGACGGGGAGUCGGCCACCAUUUCCAGGACAGUCUAGCAAGACCCAGUCGUCUCCCUUUGGGAUUGGCACGAGCCACAGCUACCCGGCAGACCCCUCCUCCUACAGCCCUCUCUCCAGCCCAGCCACCUCCUCACCCAGUGGGAACGCCUACUCCAGCCUCGCCAGCAGGACGCCGGGCUUCGCUGAAAGUGGACAGAGCGGCGGGCAGUUCCAGGGGCGGCCCUCGGAAGUCUGGUCGCAGUGGCAGAGCCAGCACCACGGCCAGCAGAGCGGUGAGCAGCACUCCCACCAGCAGCCCGGUCAGACUGAGGCGUUCCAGGACAUGCUGCCCAUGCCAGGAGACCCAACCCAGGGCACCGGCAACUAUAACAUCGAAGACUUUGCCGACCUGGGCAUGUUCCCGCCGUUCUCUGAGUGAGGCUCCCGCCGCACCGCGCCACCCCUGCUCUGACGUCGCCGCCCCUGCACACGGGCCCCGCCCCUGCCCUGCUCGCCCUGUGGCAGGACCUGCCACCAGAAGCCACCCUCCCGCCAUGUCCCCAGGCUCGGCACUGCCCUGCUCCCAGCCGCAGCCGCGGCAGCUCGGCCACUGACCAGGGCCCUGGUGGUCGCCUGGGGACCAGCUGUAUUUAUUGUAUUUUUCCUGUGUGUGCUCGGGGGUGAGCCUGUUGGGUCCUUACAUUUGGUUGUGAAUAAUCUCUUAAUGGACAAUUUACCCUCGUAACAAGUUCAUUUCGUGCCCAGAGAGAGCCAGCCCCAGCAGCAGCAGGCGGCGCCGGGACGCUGCAGAGGAUCCCUCUUGCCUUUCACGUCAGCUGGGGGGUGCUGGAGUGGGCUUGGGACACAGGUGGCAGGAUGGCUACUGGCUGAGGGGCGCGGGGCACAGAGGGGUGCCCCCGGCUCCACUGAUGUCUCUACACGAACUCUGUGCAUGGACGGAUGUGCAGUGUGCUCUGUCCCAUGGGUGUGCUGUGCCUCGUGUCUGUCCCGUGUGGCCAGGGUGUGUGUCUAGAACCCAGUGUGCAAUUGAGCCAUGCAGCCCUGUUCCCAGGGGCCCGGAGCUGGGCUGGCACCAGGAGUCCCAGCUGGGGACCUGCUCACUUGGCUAGGUCAGUUCUUUGGUCCAAGCCCCAGUGCAGAUUCAGCUUCCCCCUCUUACAGGAGCCGCCCCUUCCUCCCGCGGGAGCCCGUGGUGCCCCGCCCUCCUCACGCGGGUCUGAUUCCGUGUUGGCGUCUCAUCCUCGCCCACUGGCCAGAGGAGGCCCUGUGCCCAGCCCCGAGCACCCUGAGGUCACAGCGGCCUGGGCCCUUCUGUGCAGGGGGUGGCAGGGGCAGAACGCCAGGCCCCCCGUCCUGUGCCAGCUCUGCCCUGUGGCUCUGGAGGUGGCACUCUGGCGUCCCAGGAGACCCACUGCUCAGCCCUGGGGGAAGCUUCACCGGUGGAUGGUGGCUGGUGGCCACUUUCGCGGGACCCCAGUCCCCAGACGCUGACGUAAGCCUGACCCUGCAGUUUCCAGACGGCAUGUGAGCGGCUGGGCCUGAGUGUGGACGCGCGUGUGUGCACUCCAGCCUCAGGGCGACACUGUCUUGCUUCCGGGGACAAGGUGGGGGCUGAAAUGCGCACCUCCUCAAGCGCAGCCCAGCUCCGGGCUCCCUCUGCGCCCCUGCCCCAGGGCCACCUCUGCCUCCUGUAGCCUGGAGCUUGCCCUAGGCUGUGGGUAUAAUUAUUUCCAAAAAACAAAAGGCACAAAGGUAGCCUUUGGACCAAGAAGUAUUUCUCAGUGAAGUGAACAGACUCCUUGCAGCCUUUAGCUCUUGAGGGCUUGCGUUUGUUUCUGCCUCGUGUUUUUGGAGGGCAGCGGGGCUUUUCUGGGGUGCAGACCAAGGUGAGCCCCUGGGUGGUGCUCCUGCCCUGUCUGGCUGCGCUGGGCACCCAGGGAGGCAGCAGAGACAGGCGAGGAGCCUUGCCGCACCUCCUUCCCUCUGCGUCUCCCCCUGCAGGGUCAGGGAGCCCCGGCCCAGUGCCGGGCCUAGGGUGGGACUCAGGCCCGGACAGGCCCUGCCUCCUUCCCCCCCAGCCCCGUCCCAGGCGUCGUGGGGACAUGAGGGAGAGUCUGGUCAGCGUUGUCUUCUCCAUGCCCCGCCUGCUUCAGGGACUCUCGCGAGUCCUAGGAGCUGCCACUGGGACCAGGGUCAGGGGAGACGGAGGAGGAGCAGGAGGAGGAGGAGGCCAGGGCUGGGAGGAUCCGCACCGAGGGAUUCUCCCACCAAAGAUUUUGGAGACAAACUGGAGUGAGAAUUAAAGCCCCGGAGGGUUUAAUUAUCCAGGUUUGCAAGAGAUCCUCCCAGGCCAGUGCUGCCCAGCUCGGGAGGGCAGAGCGCUCUGCUCCGCGCCCUUCAGCCCACACAGAGCUGGGCAGGCGCUGGUGGCUCCGUGCCGCUCCGGGACCCGCUUCCUCAGUCCCCAUCUGAGCUGCCAGACGCUCCGUGGGCUGCGCAAGCAGAGGGCUGUGCUCAGGCGAGGGCCACGCGGCGGUGCGGAGCCGUGGCAAGGACGUGGAUGCAGCUGCAGUGAGGCCCCACCAAAGCCCAGUCAGCGACUGUGACGGUGGCCACGGAUGGUUCUAGAAUGCGCCACUGGCAUGUCACUCACCCCCCCUUUUGGUUUUCGUUUUGGCUUCAGGGGAUGAGAGAGCCAUCGUAAACAGCCAUGUUCUGCUCCACUCCCCAACACACCGAGGUCUCCCUUUGUGAUUUCACGAGCAGGGGACAGCGGGGGCUCUGACAGUGCCGGACAUAGCCCUGAGGGGCUUCACUCCUCCGGGCAGUGGAGCUCCCUGCACCUCCAGUUUAGCCCGCUGCACGCUCUGCCCCUGCUGGCCCCAGAGAAAGAACGGUGGUCUCUUCCCCGCCCCCGCCUCGCUCUGGGCAGCCCCUGGGCUGCGCCUGCGUCGUGAACACUUGCUUCUCUGAGCUCCCCGCCCGUGUCAGCUCUGACCCGCUGUGUAGACAGGGGCAAGCCAGCGACCCAGCAGCGUUAGCCGGAAAGCAGUCAGUGGACCCCUCUUUGUGUCACCAGACAGUGUGGGUUUGGUCUCAGUCGCUGUGUCCCAACUUGCCCCCCCAAAUCCCAGUCCUAAUGAGCCGUGAGUCCGGGGCACCUUGAAGAAGCCCCACACAGUGGUGUGGGCACAGUGUCACAGGCAGGGUUCCUCGGCCUGUGGCCACUGAUGUGAAAUGGGGGCACAGGCUGUGCGGGGACAGGGCCGCCGGCUCCAGCCAACACUCCCAGUUUCCUUUUUAACAAAAAAAAAAAAAGAAGAAGAAAAAGAAAAAAAAGAUUUCACGAGCAGGCGUCAGUGGACAGCUCAAGCGCUUAAUCGUUUCUCUUUAACCUAACUUCGUAUGGAUGUGAAUGUGCUGUGGGUAAAGCAUUUGUAUUUCCUGAAUGUUCUCUGUGACUAACAGUUACUAAGUCAGUUGUGUACAUGUGUAACUAAUGUAACUGCCUUUUGAAACUUCAUUACAAUAAAAGUGACUUUGCUCUGA